AUGUCUUCCGAGCGCGAGCCUAGUGGCUCCGCGACCGAGAAAGAGUCGCGCAAUGGCAACUCGUCGCCCUUGCAACAGACCAAUACAAGAGCGACUUCGACUGCACCGAGCAAUAAGAAGAAGAAGCUUCCACCUUUCCUCGACCACUUCAAUGCCCGUGAUCUCAAGAUCCUCUUUCGCUGCUCAGUUGCCUUUUGGGUAGCCUCGCUGCUCAUCGUCAUUGAGCCGACCCUGCAGACCUUUGGCAAUGCCACUUUCUUCGGCUGUAUUGUCAUCAUGUUCCUACCACCCUCUGGCGUUGUACUGGUCUUCCUUCUCGGAGGCUUUACUAUGAUCUUAGGUAUGGGUCUUGCAUGGGCUUGGGGUGUCAUAGCCAUGAAAGCCGCGCUAGCUACACGACCACAAGCAGAAACUCAGGCUAGACUGCAAGCUUUGGGUCAGCAAGCUGCAAGAAAUGUCGGCGCUACGACUUAUUCGCCUGUCAGCGUUCUUAUUUACAACGGCUUUAUGCUCGAUAAUCGUGUUACAGUCACAUACUUCUGCAUGCUGGGUCUGUUCGUCUAUCUCAUGGCUAGGCUGAGGAUCAGGGUGCCCAAGCUUGCUCUUACUGCGAUUUUUGCUUGGAUCAUCACCGAUGUCUUCCUCACUAUUGGUCCCUUACUUCCUGCUUUCCAAGGAACUAUCCCUCAAGUGCUCAUCAAACCCGCUGCUGCCGCCAUCGCUAUCAGUCUUGCCUGCUCCAUGCUCAUUUUCCCUGAAUCAACUUCUCAUAUGACGCUACAUGGCAUGCACAAGCUUGUCACGUCCAUGACUGGAUCUCUCGAUCUUACUCGAGGUUUUCUUGCUAAUUAUCCUGACACAUCACACAUGGAACCCAUGCAAGGGCUGAGAUCAGGAGUCCUUGGUGGUUGGGCUGCGCUAGAGCCUGCUUUUGGCUUCUUGUCAUUUGACCUUUCUUUUGGUCACUGGAGCGCUCAAGAUAUUGCGUCCCUCAGAGAGCCCAUACGUCGCGUCAUGGUCGGUUCGAUGAGCCUACUCGCCUUUGAGAUCCUCCAGGGACGUUCUCGGGAGAGGAUGAAUGAACUUCGAUCCAAUGACAUUAGGACGCAAGAAGCAACCGGAUCAGAAGAACGUGAGAAGAAGUACACAUACGGAAGGCAUCAAGUCAUGCAAAGUCUCAAUCUCGUUGAUGCUUUGCGCGACCCAGAAGUCGGCCAAUCUGUUGCCGAUUCCUACCAAGCAUUAUCUCAUGCCAGUGACCCUCUUCUCGAAGCUUGCAAAGACACUUUCCAAGCGAUCGCUCACAGUAUAAACGAGAACAACAGCAGGAGAUGGUUUGGCAGAAUUUCCGCUGAUGAGUUCGCCAAAAUGAGGCAGUCACACGUUGAUGUGCUCGAACAUCUCCGCGAAGAAAAGGCGAAAUUCCCAGAUGUUGCCAAUGAAGCGCUCUUGACAUCGCACCAACAUCUCUUUGACGAAAACGGCAGGUUUCAUGGUCACACGUCGGAGAGGCAUAAGCUAGUUGGCAUGUUCUUUGGUUUCAAUUUCGAAGAUCGUCUCCUGAUCUUGGCUGCAGCUCUUGAACGAGCCUUGGAGCAGAUCACACUCAUUGAAAAGGAGAGAAAUACUGUUCGCUUGUGGUUUCCUACCGGAUUGCGCAAAUUCGGUGCCUGGGCCUUUGGUGGCUCCAAAGCGCCAGCUAUCGGCGCUCCCUCUGUCGCCGAUAUGCCUCAAGCUGAUAAGGCGACAAUUGAGGAAGUACAGCAGAGUUUCAGGAGGGUGCAUAAGCCCACAAGGAAACGCAGCAAGAUUUCUGCCAUCAUACUUGGCUUUGGACACUGGCUGAGCAAUGACGAGGGUAUUUUUGCUCUGAGAAUUCUGAUCGCCACCCUUGCAGCAGCCAUACCAGCAGUCUGCACAACAUCAUCAGGCUUCUACUACCGUGAGAAGGGACUGUGGGCUCUCAUCAUGGCACAAACAGGUACGGCUACCUUUUCCGCCGAAUUCAACUUCGCCUUCAUAACGAGAAUUUUCGGAACGAUUGCUGGAGGUGUACUCGGCAUGCUUGGAUGGUACAUCGGAAGUGGUAACGGACCCGGAAAUCCUUAUGGUCUCGGAGCUGUACUUGCCGUAUAUGCUGUUAUCCUGAUGUGGUUCCGACUUUACACUCCACCACCGCUUAUACCAGCUGUCAUGAUCGGUGGCGCUACCGUCAUUCUCGUCAUCGGUUACAGCUAUAUUGACACUCACCUUCCUACUUACGGCAACCCUGGUUGGGGCUACGAGGUCUUCUGGCGCCGUACAGUUCUCGUACUCGUCGGCUUCGGUGUGUCGUUCAUCGUUACUCUUCUUCCCUGGCCAUCAUCACUCUCACGAAAUAUCGCCCGCAGACUUUCUGGCGUGCUCGAUAAAGAGGCCGAUCAUUACGCUGCGAUUUUGUCGUCAUGGUCAGAGCUCGAUAUUGCCGACAAACAUACCUCUGCAAUUGAAGCAGUCACCAUACAGCUUGCAGGAGACUUGGGCUCAUUAGGCGGCCCCAUAGCAAGUCUGAGAUUUGAAUUGUCCUCGAGCGUAUUCGACUCACAGACCUGUGGCAAGAUCAAGUCGAUUGCUGAGUUCAUCAACUAUCAACUUGCUCAUCUUCACAUUCGCGCCGCCACGCUCUCUCCAGAACUUCGCAGAAGAUUUGCUAUCGCUUCUGGCAUUCUCGACCACCGCGCUAUUGCCGAUGUUAUGGUUGUUUUGGGUAUCGUGGCUCAGAGUCUGAAGACUGGUGAUCCGUUGCCUGCGCGUCUACCAACACCGCUGCUCAAGAAGUGUCUAGAGCAUGGACAUGGUGCCGAUGUUGAGACUUUAACUAUCGACGUUCUCAAAAAGGAAGGAGUCCGCGGAUACACUGUAUGUAUGAGUGCGUAUCUGGGCUUCCUGUCUGGUAUCGAUGAGCUUGUCCUUGCAUUGAAAGAGGCAGUAGGUGAAGCACAUCAUCUCCCUGACGAUCUCAAACUUGCUUAG